CUUGGAGCCUCGCAGUCAGUCUUCCAGACAGCCACAUGCACCGCUCUCCUCUCCCCUUCUCCUCACCUCAAGCCCUCCUCUCCACUCAUCUGCUGCAUCCCUUCUUUCAUCUGGAACCCUGAGCAAAAUCAGUCCUUCAUCUUCCCCUACAAUGGACCCCAUUUUGAACAUCCUCUCCAUCUCUAAGGCGCUCUUCCAUCUGACCGUCAUGAUGCUGAGCCUGAGUCAAGGUGCUCACUCAAUGCCUGUUCCUACUGAUGUCCCCAUGUGCACAUCUUCAGAAACUGCCCAGUACAGUCUAACGUUUAAAGGAAAGUGGACCCCAGCAGCUUUCCCUAAGCAGUAUCCAAUCUACCGCCCCCCUGCACAGUGGUCAACUCUUAUUGGGUUAACUCACAGCACUGACUACCACAUGUGGCAGCGUAAUGACUUUGCCAGCAACGGAGUGAGGGAGUUUGCGGAGAAAGGCGAGGCCUGGACGCUCAUGAAGGAAGUUGAGGCGGCCGGCGAACGGAUCCAGAGUGUUUAUGGGAUCCUGUCGGCUCCCGCUGUUGUGGGAGGAACGGGCCAGAUGAACACUGAGUUCGAGGUCUCCGCCAGGCACUCCUAUCUGUCGUUUAUCGUUCGCAUUGUUCCAAGCCCGGACUGGUUUGUGGGCGUGGACAGUGUGAACCUGUGUAUCGGUGACCACUGGAGGGAGAGUGUGUCUCUGGAGCUUUACCCAUAUGAUGCAGGAACCGACAGUGGGUUCACCUUCUCCUCUCCAAACUUUGAAACUAUUCCUCAGGACAGAAUCACACAGAUCACCUCCUCCUUUCCCAGCCACCCUGCCAACUCCUUUUACUACCCCCGCUUAAAACGCCUCCCGCCCAUCGCCAAGGUAACGCUGACCAAGAUUAAGAAGACCAAUCAGAUCAUCAGCCUGCCCGUGGAGCCCACCGAAUCCAACCAACUGCCAACAGGAAACGAGAUUGAAGAAGCGCUCAUAGAUACACCUCUGGAUUGUGAGGUGUCAAUGUGGUCGCCCUGGGGCUUGUGCAAGGGCAAGUGUGGAGACUCAGGUGUGCAGCACCGCACACGCUACAUCCUUCUGCACCCUGCCAACAAUGGAGCAGCCUGCCCCCUGCUGGAGGAAGAGCGGAAGUGCUUCCCAGACAACUGCUUAUGACUAGGCCAGGAAAGGAAGGAGAAGAAGAAGAGGAAGGAGAGGACAGAGAAGAAAGAGAGGAAAGCAAGGAAAGCGAGGAAAGGGAGGAAGGGACGAAGACGGAGGAAUAACAGCAAAAGCUCUGCAGUUUAUUUCCAUGCGACAUAAGUGUCUCCGAGUUCUUUCCUCCCUGGCCAUGCACAUUUUCUGUGGAAAUGAGUAAUGCACACACUGACUGCCUAACUGUUAAAUUAGUUAGAGUCGACAGCCUACAGAUUUGUACUCACAAAGCCAUUUUUGGCAAAUGAUCAAAACUGACUGGCCAUGGAGAAAAACGGUGUUUUAAAGAAAGCCACGACAAAUAAAAUCUGAUUUUCACAUAAUAAAGCUGGGUGUUGUUUGACAUUUCUGCUGAUCACAGAAAACGGUUUCCCUCCCAGCAGUUUUGAUCUCACGGAUUUGAAAGUAAAUCCAUAUAAACAACACUUAAGAUACAUCCACGAAUCACUACAUUGGCUCCUGCACAGGGGAACACAUGUUGCAUCAAUAGUUCCAUUCACUGACUAACAGAGAAAUGAGUCAGACUAUUAAUUAAUGUGCGGAC